AGGAAUCUUUUCCUUUUUUCAAAAAUAUUACUUUAUUUAUAUUAUUAUUAUAUAUCACACAUUCACAUCACUCACUCCACCCACCCACGCACCUCACUCACUCAAUAUUUAUCUCUCUAUUAGGUUACCACUUACCACAAACCAAAAGAAAGAAAAAGAAAAGAGAGCAGCCAGAGGAGGAGCGGCAGCGGCUGGACGCUGGAGUGGGAAGAAACUGGUCCCCAAGAGAAGAGAGUUCCUUAGGAAGUUCAAAAUCUGUUGACGACAUUGCAAUGAGAAAGAUUGCACACCAUGUUUGUGGACUUUCUACUAGCUCAAAUUUGAGCUCUAGUAUUAUGCAUAACAAGGGUGUCUCUGCUCCAUAUGCUUUGAUGAGUUUCCUUUCUUCCAUACAUUCUGGAAGUACAAAAGAAAUCGAGAACAGAGAUAAUCCCAUGAACUUUGUAAGGGGUAUUAUAGAACAAGAUGAAAGAAACCCAAGUGGUUUUAUGCCGCAAAAUGAUAGAAACCCAAGGGGUUUUAUGCCGCAAAAUGAAAGGAGCUCCUUCCCAAGGAGUUCCUUCCCAAGGAGUUUCAUACCACAAGACGAUAGAAACCAAAGGGGUUUUACACAACGAGAUGAAAGAAACCCCAUGAACUUUGUAAGGGGUAUUUUACAACAAGAUGAAAGAAAUUUGUUCGGGGGUUCUCGCUUUCCUCGAUACAAUCUUGAGCAUGAUGCUGAUUUUGUCCACAUAAAGUUGAUGCGCAACAAUACAUUUGUUACAGUUACAGAUUCAAAGGGAAACAAAAAGAUGGGAGCUUCAGCUGGAUCUUUGCCCGAAAUGAAAGGAGGAGCAAAGCAGUCUCGGUAUGCUGCUGAAGCAACUGCAGAGCACGUAGGAAGAAUGUCGAAAAAUAUGGGAUUAAAAUCAGUUGUGAUGAAGGUGAAAGGGUUUACUUUCUUUAAAAAGAAAAAGCAAGCAAUUAUAAGCUGGAGAGAAGGGUUUACUAAUUCAAGAGGGGAUCAGAAUCCAAUAGUAUAUCUUGAGGAUACAACUCGGCGUCCCCAUAAUGGCUGCCGGCUCCCCAAAAAGCGGCGUACUUGAAUAUCCACAAGGAGUCGAGCUUCCAUGAUCUCUGAGCCAUUGAGGACGAUUACAAUUGAGAAACUUCUUGCACUUGAAUAUCAAUAAUAAGAAUAAAUAUUUGUUUAAUUAAAACUGGUACUUAUGUACGAAGUUGAUUGAACUCGUUCUAUACAUAUUACUAGUACUUGUUUAACAACAUCAUAUUGCAAACUGCAAUAUUUUUGAUAGCUUAAAAUAAAUAAACCAGGGGAGUUGAUUUUUCUGUCCUUAAA